AACAAUUACAUAUCCAUCUUUCUUUUCCCUGUUUGGCUGCUUAGAAAGCUCAGGAAAAAACUAUGGAAACAAUUACACCAUUCACUCUCGUUUUCUUUGUUAACUUUUUCUUUCUGUUCCGGAAGAAAUAGUGAAAGGAUUAGCUCAAUUUAAAUAUAGUUAUGUUCUUGGUUGAAGUUCUAUUGUUCUUUUCCAUCACUCGGUAAAUAGACAAGUAAUUAUUAGCUUAUUUUAUUAUUUCUUCUGAGGUCAAGGUGAACAUAGUAGGAUUUGUCUGGCAUUGCUGAGAGAUACUGUUGAGAAAAACGGUUAAUUGCAUUAUUUUAGGUAGUCUUGUUACGAGAGAGACACUUCUCUAAGUAUGGAAAAUGAGGAUGUGAUUAGGCUUCCUGUUUCUGGUAAUUCUGGAGAUAGCAGUGAGAAUAAUGAACUUCACAAGUCCGAAUCUGGUUCAGGUGAAGCUGAUUCUCAACCUAGGGUUUAUGAGGCUGAAGAAGGAACAAGAGAUGGGGAAAAUUUGGGGCUUUAUGAAGUUGAUAUUGGAACUGGAAAAGGAGCAAGAGUUCUAGAGAAUUUGUGGCUCAAUGAAGAUGAUAUUGGAACUGAAGAACGGACGACAAGAUUGGAAAAUUCAGUACUUGAUGCUGUAAGAAAAGAAGGCACAACAGAUCAGGAUAGUUUGGUGUUCAAUCAAGUUGAUGUCAGAAAUGAAGAUGGGCAGCAGUUUCCAGUGGAAACAGAUGUUGACAUGGAUGUGGUUGAUUCACCUGUCAUGCAAGUGAAAAUUGAAGUGGCUGACACUGUUACAGUUUCUGAGAACCUUAGUGGCUUUGGUUUUCAAUUAAGUUCUCAGAAUGAUUGUCCCAAUAACCAAAAUAAGAGUCUUAUCCAUAGCCACAUGAUGAAUGGUGGUCCUCUAUCAGGUGUUAAGAGAGCAAGGAUUGCAUAUGAUGAAUGGCAACCUUCAGUGCAUGUCUCUUAUAACUCACUAACAAGAGCUAGCAAAAGGAAGUUGGAGGAACUAUUACAGCAGUGGUCAGAGUGGCAUGCACAACAUGGUUCAUCAUCUCAAGACUUGAAUGAAGUGCUAGAAUCUGGCGAAGAAACAUAUUUUCCUGCUCUCUGUGUUGGUAUGGAGAAAUCAUCUACAGUGUCUUUCUGGAUAGAGAACCAGACAAAGAAGCAGCAGUCUAAUUGCUAUAUUCCUCCUGAUGGUGACUUUGUGCCUCUUUAUGAUCGUGGAUUUGCAUUGGGUUUGUCUUCAAUAGAUGGUCCAAGUAAUGUUGAGGGAGGCCUGGAAAUAGUAGAUGAGGCUGCCCGUUGUUUCAACUGUGGUUCUUACGGCCAUUCUCUCAAGGAGUGCCCUAAGCCUCGCGACAGUGUUGCUGUUAAUAAUGCUCGAAAACAACACAAGUCCAAGCGGAAUCAGAAUGCUGGCUCUCGCAAUGCAACUCGAUAUUAUCAGAACUCUUCUGGUGGAAAAUAUGAUGGUUUAAAGCCAGGUGCUCUUGAUGCUGAAACAAGGCAACUUUUGGGGCUUGGGGAGCUUGAUCCACCUCCUUGGCUUAACAGAAUGCGACAGCUGGGAUAUCCACCAGGAUAUCUAGAUCCAGACGAUGAGGAUCAACCAUCGGGGAUCAAAAUAUUUGCUGAUGGGGAUGUCAAGGUAGAACAGGAAGAUGGGGAAAUCAUUGAAACAGAUUACCCUGAUCCACCAAUAAAAAUGGCUGUCAAAUAUCCUGGAAUAAACGCACCAAUCCCAGAAAAUGCUGAUGAAAGACUUUGGGCGGCUGGACGUUCAAGUUAUGAUCCUUUUAGGAACCGAUCACACCAUAGAUCAAACCAUUCUUCAGAACCUAUCAGCAGAUGGCGGCACCACGAGCAAAGAGGGUCUAGGGAUUCCCUUGACGAAGGGCCUCCAGGUGUUGACCCAGUAUUCAGUCCAUCUAAUUAUCCUCCGAGAUAUGGUAAUUAUGAUUCUAGUUAUAAUUUUGACAACACCAGAGGUCCAAUACCUUCCUUGUCAAGGUCCCAUUCGGACAGAGGAAGAAGGAGCCCUUUGGCGAGCGAAGAAUUUUCUAGUCACAGUUCAUCACCUUACUCAUCCUCUGAAAAACGUUCUCCUCAUAAUGGUUAGAAAAUGAGACUGAUUGAGAGGCGGAAUGACUGCGGAAUGGAUUAUUCAUAUCGAGAUAAAGAGUAUGACCACCAUCGUCAUCGUAGUUGGAUGUGAAUGGACUUAUACUUCGAUGUAACAUUACGCUAUAGAUGGGAUUGUAAUUUGUAAAAAUGUGGAAAAAUAGGGAGAAGGGGAAAUCUUUUUUUGCUGUUAAUUUUUUCCUGACAGGAGCUGCUCGUUUCUCUGUCCAAUGGCUAGGGAAAGUGGCCGAAAGACCUAUUGUACAAAAAAUAGAUGGUUUUAUAGUUAUAGCCCGGCACAUGCAUCGAGUAGGUGGACUCUAUAUGUGAUUCGAAUGUUAGGAUGUACUUGUUUAUUAAGAGGCCACGUUCACGUUUUGGGACCUUUUUUUUUUCUU